AUGAGUUUGUGCAUGCAAGCGAGGGUGAGACUACCCUCUAGGGGUCAAGUAAGGAUCCCGCCACCCAUCGAUGACCGUUACGUGGCCAAGUAUUGCAGGGCGAAGAAUGUUAGAGGUAGUGCAGCUGCUGAGGGUACCCGGGCUUCUAAUGGUCCUGGUACUUCUACUCUCGGACCCGAUCCUUACCAGCAAGCUGUCUGCAAUUACAACUGGGACUGGAUGGCGGUUCUUGCUACGAUUUUAACUUUGUGGUUAGCAGACAAAUCUGGUCGCCGGCUUUUACUUAUUGUUUCUUCAUCUGCAAUGGCUUUGAGUCUUUUGGUUGUUUCAAUAUCAUUCUACUUGAAGGAAUAUAUAUCACCAGAUUCUGAUUUAUAUGCGACAUUGAGUCUCGUAUCGGUGGCUGGAGUUGUGGUCAUGGUUAUUGCAUUCUCUCUGGGAUUAGGAGCAAUGCCAUGGAUUAUAAUGUCUGAGAUUCUUCCGAUUAACAUCAAAGGCCUAGCUGGAAGUUUUGCAACACUUGCCAAUUGGUUCUUUUCCUGGUUGGUUACAUUAACAGCAAAUUUGCUCUUGGAUUGGAGUUCGGGAGGAACCUUCACAAUAUAUACUGCAGUGUGUGUUUUCACAGCAGGAUUUGUUGCCAUUUGGGUCCCCGAGACAAAGGGAAAAACUCUUGAAGAAAUACAACAGUUUUUCAGAUGA